UGUUGACAUGGGCGCAAGCCAUUUUGGAGCUGCCCGACUGUUGCGGGGCCCAGCGAAAGUCCCUUGGGUCGCGGGCAUGUGGCUCUGAGCCUCUGAGAGCAGUGGCGCCAUGGCGGAGUAUACCCUGGAUGGUGCAGACGUGUCGUGGCCUUCGGACAAGGAGCUGGCGCAGCUCCAAGAGAUCCGGAGGAUUUGCGCGGCAGAGCUUGCCGCCUUGCCCAACUCGCCGCGGGACGUCGUUGGAGACAUUCGUAUUUGCCGCUUUCUGCGCUUCAACUAUGGAGACGUGACCAAGGCAGCCAAGGGCUACUCCGAGUUUCUCAAGUGGAGAGUGACAGAAAAGAUCGACAACUUGCGCAAGGGCCUCAUCGACCUCAGCAAGGAGGAGUUUACCGAGUGGCUCGACUCGGUGCGCUCGCCCUUCGCCCCGGCGCUGGCGCCCUUUUUUGGGGAGACGCCGGACGGGCACUUGAUCAUAUUCGCGUCCCCUGGGUAUUUCAAAGCCUCAGAGUUUGCACAGAAGCGGCCCUCCUGCCACACGAUGGAUAGCGACCUGCAGCUGGUGCGCGCGAGCAUGGAGUACAUUAUGAAGCUGGUGGAUGACAACUGCUACAAGAGGCACAAGGUCUUGUACACUGUGAAGCUGGUUGAUGCCAUCCAUCUGGGGCGCGAGACCUUGCCGAUCUUCGUGCCGGAGGUCAGGAAGUUUAUGCAGGACAAUGCGGGCCAGAUCAUGGCCCACUACUGCGAUCACGACAUCCUGAUUUUGAUGGUGAAUGCCCCCUUCAUCGUGCGCCUCGUGAUAGGCUUUGCCUCUACCUUCAUGUCGAAGCGCCAAACCAACCGCAUCAAAGUGUUUUCGAGUGCUGGGUCGGCGGAGUGCCAGAAGAUCCUGAAAGCCUUGGGCCCGCCGAGUAUGCUUCCGGAGUCUCUUCAAGGGACGCGUAAGGCGGAGAACAUCCCGCUCUUCUGGCCCUUGCCGCAGGAUGAUGAGAGCAGGAUCAAGGAGUGGAUGGCACGCAGAACUGCCGGGGUCACCCGCGAGGGUGCCACGAAGCCGCCGCAGGCGGCGGAACGGACAGAGGUGGAGCAAGAACAGAUUGAGCUGCCUGCUACUCCCAUCACUAACUUGGAGGACACAGCAGAGGUGCCGGAGACGCUUUUGAAAGCCACGGAGUUGAAAGCGGUGGAGAUCGAAGAGCCUCCACCUUUGCCGGAGAGCUCGGGUUGGUUUACUUGCUGUGCUGCUCCUUAGGUCGAACCCAUUUUUCCCCAGGUCAGUGCAUUCCGAAAGCCCCACA